CAGUAUGCGUACACUAUGAUAUUUGCCAUAGAGGAGAUCAACAACAGCUCAGGUCUGCUUCCCGGAUUGACACUGGGUUACAGGAUCUUUGACUCCUGUCCCAGUAUCCCUCUGUCCAUCAGUGCAUCACUUAACCUAAUGAAUAGGUAUGACAGCGGUGUAGGCAGCUGUAUCAAACUGUCAAAUGUGCAUGCUGUCAUAGGGGAAACAACAUCCACCUCUACAAUAGGUAUUGCACGCACCAUGGGACCCUUCCAUAUACCUGUGAUCAGUCAUUCAGCCACAUGUGCAUGUCUCAGCAACAGAAGAGACUAUCCCUCUUUCUUCAGAACCAUACCUAGUGACAUUUACCAAAGCAAAGCCCUAGCAAAGCUUGUGAAAUACUUUGGCUGGACCUGGGUAGGGGCUAUCAGAACUAAUAGUGACUAUGGGAAUGGUGGCAUGGCCGCUUUCUUGGAAGCAGCAGAAAGGGAAGGUGUGUGUGUUGAGUACUCCGUAGCUAUAUACAGAACUGAUCCCAGGAAGUGGUUCUUAGAGGUGGUUGACAUGAUAAAGAAAUCCACCUCUAAGGUAAUAGUGGCAUUUGCUGAUGGCACAGACCUUGACAUACUUAUUAAGGACCUUCAUGCUCAGAAUGUGACAGGCCUGCAGUGGGUGGGCAGUGAGGGCUGGAUCACUUAUCGCUAUAUCGCCUCUCCAGUAAACUACGCUGUGGUGCAGGGGGCUGUGGGUUUUGCAGCACUAAAUGCUCACAUCCCUGGACUGCAGGAGUUCCUGGCUAACAGCAGGCCCUCUAUCAAACCUGGAGACCAGGGACUGGUGGAGCUUUGGGAGACUGAGUUUGGCUGCACCCUGACUCCCCAAGCAGAGACUCAAGCUCAGGUUUCAGUCGCAGCCUGCACUGGGAAUGAGUCUCUGUGGAACACAAACACACGUUUCACAGAUGUUUCAGAUGCCAGUUUGUUAAAUAAUGUUUACAAGGCAACAUACGCUGUCGCUCAUGCGUUGGACAUGUUGUUUACCUGCAAAGACGGACAGGGGCCUUUUGAGAACAAUACCUGUGCUGAUAGGGAAAAUGUCCAAUCAUGGCAGGUGCUGCAUUACCUGACACAGGUCAAUUUUACUACUAAGAUUGGUGAAAAUGUGUUCUUUAAUGAGUUUGGUGACCCUGUGGCUCGUUAUGCACUGGUAAACUGGCAAAUUAAUGAAGCAGGUUACAUAGUCUUUGAAACCAUUGGUUUCUAUGAUGCCUCCAAGCCUGAGGGUCAACAGUUUGAGAUGAAAUCCGAUGUGCAAGCCAUCUGGGCAGGUGACAAUCUCAAAGUACCAAGGUCUGUUUGCAGUGAGAGCUGUUUGCCAGGGACCCGUCGGGCUUUUGUCAAGGGCAAGCCUAUCUGCUGUUUUGAUUGCAUUACCUGUGCUGAUGGGGAGUUCAGCAACAGUACAAAUGCAGUGAAAUGUGACAAAUGCCAUCCCGAGUACAAGCCAAACGAAGAGAGGAAUAACUGUGACUUGAAAGCUAUUGAAUUCCUCACCUACAGGGAAUUGAUGGGUACACUGUUGGUCACAUUUUCUGUCUUCGGUGCUUGCCUGGCGAUGAUUACUGCCCUAAUAUUUUUUCAUUACAGGCAGACUCCUAUUGUUAAAGCCAACAACUCUGAGCUGAGCUUCCUGCUGCUCUUCUCCUUGACUCUGUGUUUCCUGUGUUCUCUGACCUUCAUAGGCCGGCCCUCUGAGUGGUCCUGCAUGCUGAGACACACAGCAUUCGGCAUCACUUUUGUCCUCUGCAUGUCAUGUGUUCUGGGGAAAACAAUAGUUGUAUUAAUGGCCUUUAAAGCGACUCUUCCAGGCAGCAAUGCGAUUAAAUGGUUUGGGCCUACACAGCAGAGACUCACUGUUCUGACUUUCACUCUUAUACAGGUUUCAAUUUGCAUACUUUGGCUGACAAGCAACCCUCCAUUUCCCUUCAAAAAUAUGAACCAUUAUGAAGAUAAGAUAAUUCUUGAGUGCGCCCUGGGAUCACAUGUAGGGUUCUGGGCUGUGUUAGGAUACAUUGGGGUCUUAGCUGUGUUAUGUUUUGUACUUGCUUUUCUGGCUCGAAAGCUGCCUGAUAAUUUCAAUGAAGCCAAAUUUAUCACUUUUAGCAUGUUGAUAUUCUGCGCAGUCUGGAUCACUUUUAUCCCAGCAUAUGCCAGCUCUCCUGGAAAGUUCACUGUAGCUGUGGAAAUAUUUGCCAUUCUGGCUUCAAGUUAUGGAAUGCUCUUUUGUAUUUUUUUGCCCAAGUGCUACAUCAUUUUAUUAAAGCCUGAAAACAAUACAAGGAAACAUAUGUUGGGUAAAGUGACUCCAAGAGCCCUUUGA